AUGACAUGUUUCCGACCAAUCAGUUUUAACUUCAGUGAAGAAGCGGAAGUGAGUGCAGAAAUUGAUUUUACCGGCAUCUUUAGCCCACCAGCUUCGGAAAGGCGCAAGGGAUGUUGCUGUGGGUGCUCGGCGGUCUCCUCCUGCUCUUCUGCAGCCUGGACGUGUGGUACUUCCUUCGGGGGGCAGCAGUGGCCAUCCAGGCCUUCUUCGAACCUCCAAUAAGGGAUGUUCUAAAAGAACACAUAGUCAGCGGGCGAGUGCUACCCCAUGAUUUGGACUACAUGGGCCAUAUGAACAACUCCCGCUACCUGAGGGAGUGUGACUUUGCCAGAUUCCACCACUACUCGCGAAAUGGGAUAUUUAAUGCCACCCGUGUACUCGGAGUCACUAUGGUGGUCGGAGCCUCCACUAUCCGCUAUCGACGAUCCCUCGCGUUCGGGGAGGCUUUCGAGAUACGGACCCGCAUACUAGCUUGGGACGAGAAGUCUUUUUAUGUGGAGCAGCGCUUUGUCUCCAAGAAAGACGGCUUCAUCUCUGCCAUCAUGCUGUGCAGACAGAACGUAGUGCACAGCAGCCCAGAGAAGAUCAUGGAGUACCUGUGCAAGAGAAAGGUGGAGUGCCCUGAGUAUCCAGAGGAUCUCAAGCAUUGGAUCAGCUACAUUGCAGCCAGCAGUCAGGCAUUGCGAGCGGAGAGUGGACUAGAGGAGAAGAACAAAUGAAGUCGGUACUAAGAAGAGCUACAGUACUACACACACUCAUCUCACUGCACGUCACAUACACUGAAACAUCCACAUUCUAUAGGAAACCAACCUUUGUCUUACGUGACUGUAUGUUAUGUGAAUGAAUAAGCAGAAAUACUCAGGACUGCUGCAGCUGUAUAUGGUAUUGAAGAAUUUAGUUUUAUUCAAUGCAUUAUUUGCACUGGGAAAAAGGCAGAGCUUAAGCAUAAUUUGUUCUGGUAUAGCUGUCAGACAGUUAAACCGAUAUGACUGAAUUGCCUCCUAAGUAUAAAAAAAAGGGAUAAUAUUGAUGGGUAAGGACACUGAUUAUGCCCUCUAAAUCUACUGUGGACCAUGUGGACCAUGUAAAGACAGUAGGCUUAGGGACACUCUUUAUGAAGAGUUGAACCUUUCCUUGAAGUAAGCAUGUGGAAUAUAAUAAUUAUAUUGGCAUAAAUGCAUGCUAGUAACAUUUAUUUUGAGUUGCAUGCUUCAUCAAUUUAAAUUCUGCCCUAAAUCAUUUCAAUCUAAACUUUAAAAGUUGGAAUGGCCAUUUCGUCACCUUUUACUCAAAAAUAAGAACCAAUGAAGACAACAUUCUAAUAGACCUGUUGGAUCUGACUGUAUGAACUUAAAUUAUUUACCCAGCGUCAUACACAUUGCACCAAAACGUUCCUGUUCCAUAAUGUGGACAGUUCUGUUCAAUAUGAAAGUGUCUGUCUAUUGACUUUCAUUUCAGAGGGGACAUAUGCCAUAUACUUGAUGCAUUGAGAGUGAACAUAAUGUAUGGAUUAUAGUGGGAAAUGUACAUUCUAAAUAUUUAUUCUAUUUAUUUUCUAAUUGUAUAUUGUGAUACAGUUGUAAAGUGCAUUCACAAAGACUGAAUAUAAAUGAGGGUCCAUUGUGUAAAUGCAUUUGGAUAAACAAUGCAUUUAAUUAAAAUGUUUAUGGUUUGAAAUCUGAA